AUGUGCCUGGCCACACUGACCUUCACACCCCUGACGACCCCCAUCACCACGCUGGGUUCCCUACCCACCCACCCUGACUCCGGCCCCAGGGCCUCCACCCCAGAAUUGGGUGCCCCCACCCCCACCUUGGGCCAGCCCGGCUCUGAGCCCAGCAGCCCGCCUUGGACUUCUCUGGACCCUGAGGGCCUGGACCCGCCGUACCAGGAGCCAGCAGAUGAAAGAGAUGACCUCAGGGUCCCCCGGGGCGCCAGGCCUCGGGACAGUGAGCCCUUGCUGGGGGCUGCUGCCCUGGCCGAUAUCUGGGCCCUGCCAGCAGGGCGGGAGGAGCAGGUGCGGGGGCAGGGGGCAGAGGAGGAGUGUCCCAUCUGCACAGAGCCCUACGGGCCUGGCCAGCAGCGCCCGGCCCUGCUGAACUGUGGCCACGGCCUGUGUGUGGGCUGCCUGCACCGGCUGCUGGGCACAGCCCCCAGCGUCGACCUGGGCCGGGUGCGCUGCCCGCUGUGUCGCCAGAAGACGCCCAUGCUGGAGUGGGAGAUCUGCCGGCUGCAGGAGGAGCUGCUCCAGGCCGAUGGGCCCCAGCGCCCCCCGCCCCCCGAGCCCCCCGCCCCGCCGCGCCGGGGGCCCGGGCCCUGGGGCUCCCUGGAGCACCGCUACCAGCUGCGCUUCCUGGCGGGGCCCGCGGGUGGCCGGGGCUGCCUGCCCUUCCUGCCCUGCCCUCCCUGCCUGGGUGCCCGGCUGUGGGCGCUGAGGGAGCAGGGGCCCUGUGCGCGCCGCCUGGCGCUGCUGGCGUUGCUGGCGCUGGAGCUGCUGGGGCUGCUGGUCAUCUUCACGCCGCUCCUACUGCUGGGGCUGCUGUUCAUGCUGCUGGACCGCCCCAGCCACUGACCGAGCCCAGGACGGCCCCGGACACCACCAGGACGCGAGGUUGCACCACCAGCCUGAAGACCAAGGUUGGACCGGGGCACUGGCCAGCAACGAGGACCUGCCACCGCCAAGCCCACGACCAGGGCCCAGGCCACCCAGCUGGCGUCCCCACCACCCUGCUACCCCGGCUUCGGCGGAGCACCAAGGACACCAGAGCCAAGGACAGCCCGUGAGCAGCGGGCAGGCACUGUGCCGGCAGCGGCACACCCCUCCCUGCCAAGGCCCAGCCGGGCACAGCAGACGGAACCUGAACAGAGCCCUGGCCGUGGUCAGACCCCCAGCGGCCCCAGGAAGGGACCAGUGUGACCCUGAGGGAGAGGCCUGCGCUCGGGCCACCAGCCCUGGCCUUGCCCCUGAGUGAGCCGGGGCCCAGGUCCAGCCUUGAGCAGUGCCACGUGCACAGCGGCACAAUAAACACCAUCU